AUGAGUGUCGCAAUGAUAGGUGUAGAAAUGUCCAAUGAGAUAUGUGAGAAGAUUGAUCAAUUAUUGCAAAAACAAGAGCAGAAACAAGAAAAUCAAGAUGUCAUCAAGAUCACUCUUCCUUAUGAAUUAUAUAUGGAUCAAGUUGACGUAAAUGUGCUAGAAGCAAUACAUGCAAAAUAUCUAGCUGAGAGAGUUGGAAAUGACAUGUUUAUCAAAUGUGAUGAGAUUAAUAAAGAAAAGGUUCAUCGCAGGCUAGCAAACUCUUUUAGAGGUACUGAACGUAUACCUGAUGUUGGUGUGUGGUUCACAGAGCCAACAGGUCCAGAAAGAGUUAGCCCCAUUGUUAACCAGUGCCCACCACCUGAUAUUCCAAAUCCUCAUCCUCUAAAUCCUACAAAUCUUGCAACUCCUGAAACUAAUCAGCAUGACAGACCCACCCAUGUACCUUAUGCUAUCCAUUGGGAUGCAAGCCAUACUCCAGUUUAUUACAGACUAUAUUGGAAUGAACAUAUUGUACUCAGAUGUGGAUGGACAUUGGAAUUUAAUAUAGUACUAAAUGCGCUUACUUAG